UUUUUUUCAAUGUGAUUAUUAACUAUUAUUAAAUGCAGUAUACACUUAUUUUUCUAAUUGCUUUUAUUAUCUUUCUUCAUUCAUGUGAUUGACGGGCCAAAGAACCAAUCACACUGCUUUGUUAAAAUUAUUUUUUGGAAAACCCAAAUAAAAACACAAUAAAAACAAUUUGUAUAUCAUUCGCGAAAUACGUACUUUUUUUUUUAUAAUCAGUGUUUUCUCAUUAUUCUGCCUUAUCACUCAUUUAACCGUAUUCUAUUCUUAGUAGGUGUUCUCCAGAUUGUUCAAUAAACCUGUAAAAUUCAAACUUAUUCUGCAUGAUGCGUGUAAUACUUUUCUGCCUUUAAUUUAGUUUUUAAAAAAAAGGCUCUUGAUGGAAUUUAUUAAUCAUCAUCUCUUCUGUCUUUUUUAUUCUUUCUUUAACAAACAUUUUUUCUUUUGAUUUUUUAUUAGUUGGAAUUUUGUUAUAUCAUUACAGACACCGCGUCCGUAAUAACAAUUUGGCAAUUGACAAAAAAUUAAAUCGACAAAAUAGGCAAGCUCACAGAAAAAGGGAAAUUGGCUCGAUGGAUAAAAGACAGCGAAGGUGUUUUUCAUCGUACGUAUAAAAAAAGAAUCUAAAAUUUUAUUUCAAAAUCAUCGGUCACAAUAAGAGUGUUUUAAAGAAGAAAAAAAAAUUGCUCGUUUAAAUUAAUAGUUUGAAUUAAUUUAAAACAUUGUGAAAAAUUAAGGUUUUGUGCUGGUUUCAUAGCAUCGUUGAUCCAUCGCAAACGGUGGUCAGGCGGGAGAGGUGUUGCCACUCUGUGAAAUCUCUCAAUGUAUAGAAUUAAGUCCAACCAUUACCUCCAGGGCAACACAGCAGCCUUCUUAAAGCUCUUCUUCGUAGGCAUUUAUUACAUUGAUGUGGGAAGAGACUUUUGUGCCGAAGACGCAUUGCUUUUCGCAUGGACUUGGGAGAAUGCCCGCAGAUUCACGAUCUGGCCCUUCGGGCCGACUACGAAGCAGCGCAGAAGAAAAAGGACCACUUUUAUGACAUCGAUGCAAUGGAGCACCUGCAGAGCUUCAUAGCAGACUGCGAUCGUCGAACAGAGCAAGCUAAGCAAAGGCUCGCCGAAACGCAAGAGGAACUGAGCGCUGAAGUCGCUGCUAAAGCCAACAACGUUCACGUUCUUGCCGAGGAGAUCGGUAAGAAAUUAGCCAAAGCCGAGCAGCUGGGUGAGGAGGGUUUCGUCGAAGAGUCGAUGAAGUUGAUGGGAGAGAUCGACGAGUUGCGUAAAAAAAAGAACGAAGCCGAGCAAGAAUACCGAAACAGCAUGCCCGCUUCUUCGUACCAACAACAAAAGCUCCGCGUAUGCGAGGUCUGCAGCGCCUAUCUAGGUAUUCACGACAAUGACCGCCGACUGGCCGAUCACUUUGGUGGUAAGCUCCAUCUGGGUUUCAUCAAGAUCCGAGAGAAACUCUUCGACCUUGAAAAGACCAUGGAGGAGCGCAGACGCCAGAAGCGCGAGGCUAUGGACAAAGAACGCUCGGGUAGCCGGCAACGAAGCCGCAGCCGUGAACGAAGCCGCGAACGUGGUGGCUAUCGUGAUCGCAGCGGCAGGGACAGGGAACGUGAACGCGAACGUGACCGUGACCGUGACCGUGACCGUGACCGUGAUCACUAUCGCGACAGGCGCGACAAAGACAGAAGGCGCUCAAGGUCAAGGAGUCGCAGUCGAAGCAAGAAGUCUCGCCGUUCAUGCAGUAGCAGCCGAGACAGAAGAUCUCGUUCUCGUCGUAGUGGAUCCAACGAUCGCAGGAAGUAGAGAAUUCAUUUCGUUCCCGAUAACACGUGUACACGGCUGAACUACAAUCUUACGUUAAUCACAGCGAAGCUCAAUAUUUUGACUUUAUUAUAUAAAUAUAAUAUUUGAUAGUUAAUAAAGAAAGUUUGUCAAUUGGACUUGGUGUUCGUUUGCUAAAGAGAAAUUUUACGAGUUUUCGCUAGAAGGAAUUUUUCGAAAAGCACAGUAGCAUAAUUGUUAGUAGACUUAGCGGCAUACAACCAGCAUUAUCUUUUGGUAUUCUACAUGUACAGAAUUGAUUGAGACGGAAUGGAUUCAUCAAUGACAAGCAAAAUUAUUAUAAUUUAAAAAUGGCAACUAUAAACUUGCCUUCAUUGUUUCGUUUGGAUAAUUAAAACAGUUUCAAUAAUACGGUUUUGUACGCAUUUUUUAUCCAGCCUGAUGUUUCGUUAUAUUAAUUUUAUUUGCUUAUGUAUUUUUGUAUUUUAUGAAUAUCUCUAAUUGUACCAAUAGAUUUUGUGAUGAAAAAAAAAA